GCAAAUAUACAGUGUUCAAAGUAAUGCAAAUUAAGAAGGAAAUAUUAAAAGGUUAACAGGGUCGAGACAUUGUAGCUCAUAGAUAAAUGGGUUUAACGAGGCGCUUUGAACGCAGCAUUUAUAAAACUGCGCAGUUCAGGGAACUCGUUUCAGAGAUGUCUGCUGCACUCAGUCUGCGUCUGCUACACUGCUACUCGAAGCACGGCACAUUUGGACCUGGUUCUGGUGUCAGGCGCACAUUCAGUGUUAGUGCACUGAGAGAAGGCUACAAGUAUGUAAAUGCUCAGGAGCUGCCAACUGACCUGAGAUCCAUCACUGACCGAGCUGCAACAACCCUCUUAUGGACAGAGCUUUUAAGAGGUUUGGGGAUGACCAUGAGUUACCUGUUUCGUGAACCAGCCACCAUCAACUACCCGUUUGAGAAGGGUCCACUUUCGCCACGGUUUCGUGGAGAGCACGCCCUCCGCCGGUACCCCAAUGGAGAAGAGCGCUGCAUUGCUUGUAAGCUGUGUGAAGCCAUCUGCCCUGCUCAGGCCAUUACUAUUGAAGCUGAGACUCGAGCUGAUGGCAGCAGGAGAACUACACGUUACGAUAUUGACAUGACCAAGUGCAUCUAUUGCGGUUUCUGUCAGGAAGCUUGUCCUGUUGAUGCCAUUGUUGAGGGUCCAAACUUUGAGUUUGCUACAGAGACUCACGAGGAGCUGCUGUACAAUAAAGAGAAGCUGCUCAACAACGGAGACCAAUGGGAGGCUGAGAUAGCAGCCAACAUACAGGCAGAUUAUCUUUACAGAUAAACUGCUGUGUCAGAGAUACACCAUUGAAUAUAUGCAUUAAAUAAAUAGCUAAAUGUAGCCUUACUGAUGCAAAAGUGAAUUAGGGGUAAGAACUGAAGUCCUGCUGCAGACAUGUACAAAUUGUACAAAUUAUACACUGCCUGGUGAAAAAUGUCAUGUUUUUUUACUGGAUCACCGUCAUCUUUGACUGUGGCUGAUAAUAAUUUAAGUGUUGUUCUGCCAAGGUUAUUACAAACCAUUCCCAACCAAAGUAGCAGUUUUAAGACUUUACACUGAUGUACGGUUGAACUGUGGCUUAAAGUCUUCUUUAGCACAUCUCUCGCCAGACCUACAGCCUGCUGAGCCACCCGUGUUGGAAAAUUUUGUCUAAUUGUCUUGGCGUUAUCAUGUGUGAGCAUACCUCUGCCAUCAGGGAUGAAAUAAUCAUUUUAUGGAAAAAGAAAAGGUCAGCUAACAUAUUCAGGUAGGCAGAUAACCUUAUUUUUGCAUUAAUCAUUUCCUGAAGCAACCCUAUGGAUUAACACCGAUCCACAGUCCUGUAUUGUUGACACUAUUAAUGAUGGAUUCAUCAAUGUGUCCACUGCUCUUUUUAAACUAAUGCACUCAUCACUCUGAAUCAGGGUCAGUUUGGACUCAUUAGACCACGUGACUUUUUUGCCAUUGUUCCGGAAUAUAAUCUUUAUGCUUUCUAUCAAGCUUUUUUCCACUGUUAGCUUUACUGAUUGUUUUUUAUUAAGACUAUUUAUAUGCAGUUUAGUGCAAUUAAUGAGAGUAGUAUCCAUAUUGCAUAUUUCUUUACUUUUAGUUUUACUAUGGUAGAAUGGUAGAUUGUUGCAUUAAUUACCCAUUUAUUAAUAAAGCAUCUCACAGUUAAUCGGUAUCUUAUAUAGCUAGGGGUUUUCCAAAGUGUGGCCCAGGGGCCAUAUGUGGCCCUUGGAAUUAUGUUUUAUGGCCUGCGGACAAAAUUUUAAAAUGGCACAAAUUUGGUCCGCCAACUCUGGCGGUUGAUGCAGUCAAACACUUUUUAAACAUAUUUAGGACAAUAUUUUCACCGACAAAUUAAAAUCUUCAUAAAAUGGAAAGGUACGGCAAACACUAUUUGUCUCGUAUUUACCAUGUUUUUUUCUUUAAUUGUAGGCUCAUAGGAAACAGGACCACAAACAUCUGGUGACCUUUACUCAAAAGCAGAUUUGGAAGCAGCCAUUCAUUAAAUUUGGCUAAGUAGAGCAAGCAUUUUUUUCAAGGCCAAGAGAAUAAAAAACAAUCAGAUGCCUAUCUUUUAAUAAGGCAAGUAUGCAAAAAAACCUUGUUAGGUGUUGGAUCUUCCAUAAUCUAUGCACCCCUUUUCAAAAAAAAAAACAAAAAAAAAAAUCAGACUUCUUUGUUUCAUAAAAAUAUUGCAUUUAGUUUAGAUUUGAAAAAAGUAUAUUUUUUAAGAUUUCAAAAAAUAUUUUUUUGUUUUUUUGAUUAGAGAAAGAAAAAAAAUUACAUUUUUAUGACCCAUGACCACUAUUAACUUGAGGAACCUGGCACGAGUGUCAAAAAGUUUGGACACUACUGGUUUAAGCAUUUUCCUUUUUUAUUUCUUUGACGCAAAUCUGAAAUAUGACCCUUCAACUAUUGUCAUAUCUUUUGUACAAACACUGGAAAAAAUGGUUAAAAAUUAUUAAGCUAGUGAUUAUCAUUAAAGGUGAAAUCCAGGAAGUUAGAACCCUGAACAUCUAAAUUUGUUUUGUUUGUUUUUCAGUGCAAAACUCUUACGUUUUUCCACAGAUAAAUCGGGGUAGUGACAAUUUUUGGCCUGGCAGUGUUCUGUUUUUGAAUUGUUUAAUGUCGAAUUUUGCGCAGUCUGUAAUAGACCAAUUACUGUGACACAAUGAUAGCAUAUUGAUUGUAUAACUUGAAGAUACUAUACGUGAGUAAUUUUAAAGUACCAAAGCUUUUUAGUAGAAAUAUAAAUAUGUUAUGUAGAAAUAAAGCAGAUAAAAUAAAU